AUGGCUUCAAUCGACGAACAAAUAGAAAACAAUUGUUAUAAAACAUAUGCAAAUAAUUCUAUAUUGGCAUCUGAAGUUUCUUUUAGAAAACAUGUUGAUCCAUUACCAACAUCAAAUAAUUCAGCAGAACAAAAUAUAGUACUAAAAUCACGAAAAUUACAACAACCAUUGGAUUAUCUCAUUUGGUCAUCUUUGUUAGUUAUUUCUGGUGUAUUUAUCUUUGGAUUUGUUGUUGUUAUAAUCUUACUUUCCUUAUAUCAACGAAAAUGA